AUGGCGAUGCCAAUUCCUCUGACCAGAGUUCGCCUGUGCUUUGGAUGGCCGGAUUGUCUAGGAUGUCAAUGUCUCCAAGCUGUUCGAGUUGACACAGUUGUAGACGUAGCCAUACCAUGGCAAUCCCAUGACAAGUUUGUCGGGCGAGAUUCCGAGUGCUGUGAAAUUGUACAUUCCUUGCUCGACGCUGGUUGGUGCGACGCUGGUCUGUGCCACCAGACCGGUGUAGAGUGCGGACAGUACCGAUUGCUCGGGAUAGAUUGGAUCCUCAACAUCGAAAUUGAUACCGUCAAAGUGCGAGUUUUGCACGAGCGCCAGCUGUUCGGCGAUCCACUGUUGUUGGUACGAUUGGUUGGUGAGCUGGUCGAUGGGGAAGCCCGUUCCAUAGACGAGACGCACGCCAUGACUGUGCGCGGUGCAGAGCAGUUGUGGAUCGGGAUUCGAGUAGAAAAGAGCGAUCGUUGUCAAGAUGCUCCAGUCGUAGGUCUGGUAGCUCUUUUGUUUUCAUUGUCGAUAAGAACAUUGUUUGCAUUUGAUGAACCAAGUGGUGUACCUGUUUAUGUUAUGCUACCAUUGGAUACACUUUCAAAUGAUAAUCAAUUGAAUAAUGCAUCGACUCUAUAUCAACAAUUAGUUUAUCUAAAAGAGAACUCUCAGAUAUCAGGUGUUAUGACUGAUGUUUGGUGGGGACUGGUAGAACAGCAGCCAAAUCAAUAUAAUUGGUCUGGAUAUGAACAACUUUUUAACUUGGUUACAAAAGCAAAUUUAAAUAUAAAAGUUACACUUUCUUUUCAUCAAUGUGGAGGUAAUGUUGGUGAUACUUGUAAUAUACCAUUACCUCCAUGGGUCUUAUCCGUUGGUAAAUCAAAUCCCGAUAUAUUCUAUACUGAUCAAUCAUUGAAUAGAGACGAAGAGUAUCUCUCUUGUGGAAUCGAUUUGGAACCGUUGUUUGGUGGAAGAACUCCUGUUGAUAUCUACGCAGAUUUCAUGGCGAGUUUCAAGCAGACCUUUGCUUACUUGAUGCCCGAGACACUGCGUGAGAUUCAAGUUGGUCUUGGUCCAGCGGGUGAGAUGCGUUAUCCUUCGUAUCAACUGGCAUACUGGACGUUCCCAGGAGUCGGUGAGUUCCAAUGCUACGACAAGUACUUGCUGGCGCAGUUGGCAGCCGCCGCCAACACCUCGGGCAAUCCACUGUGGGGUCACGCCGGUCCUAACAACGCAGGCACCUACAAUAGCGUGCCGUCGCAAACCGGAUUCUUCUACAAUGGAUUCCAAAACUACCAGUCUACGUACGGUCAGUUCUUCCUGACUUGGUACUCCGACACACUGAUUGCACACGGCGAUAGAAUCUUGUCGCAAGCCAGCAGCAUUUUCGCGCAUACCAACGUCAAUCUCACUGCGAAGGUGUCUGGAAUCCACUGGUGGUAUGGCGACCCCUCACAUGCCGCCGAGCUCACCGCUGGCUACAAGAACGACCAGGGCCAAGCAUACAUUGACAUUGCAACGAUGUUUGCCAAGCACGGUGUCGCCUUUGAUUUCACCUGUCUUGAAAUGCGUGACAGUGAACAACCGGCCAGUUGUCUAUGUAGACCAGAGGAGCUAGUUGGACAAACAAAACAAGCUGCUAUGCAAGCACAAAUAAGUUAUUCAGGUGAGAAUGCACUUCAAAGAUAUGAUCAAGCAGCUUACUCUGAGAUUGAAUAUGAAUCUACAAGAUACAACUUUUUAAUUUCAGGAUUCUCCUAUCUGAGGUUAGAUGAUUAUUUAUUGAGCAGUCAAGCUUUUCCACUUUUCCAAAGUUUUGUUUCAACAAUGUCGUCUUUGCAAGCUUAA